UGUGUGUCUCUCCCUCCUCCCUCGUCCAUCAGCAUAUAACGGCGCAACGCUUCCACCAAUCUGUGCAGCGAGAGGACCACCCCAACCCCUGAACCUGAAUCUACCCGCCCUGCCUGCUUAUAAAUACUGCUUGAAUAACACCGGCAAGUCGUCAGAAACGCUCAGGGUUGCAGCAGAACACCCCCCUUCGUCUUAUCCCCUUCAUCGUUUCUCUGUUUUUUAAGAAAAUCUCAUACAUCAUCCAUUUCACUCUCAUUCUUCUCCCUUUUUCCGAACUGUAGUUGUUGUUGCGGCCAGUUGCAUGCAUUUUUCGUCUCCCAAAAUGGUUUGCGAGACUAAAAUUGUUGCGGAUGAACACGAUGCUAUACCUGGGACCAAAAAAGAGUCGAUCAUGUGGAGCUCUCCUCCGUCCAGCGCGGCUCUGAACCCCUCCGAGGUAACGGAUGUGAGAAAAGAUGCGGUUUUUAUCCGCGAGUUCGAGUGCGGGGAUCAAGAGGAGGUGCGGCGCAUCUUUUAUGAGGGCAUUAUGGAGAGGAUACCCAAUACGGCGUUUAGGGGGCUCAGGCAGCAGCCCAAGACUCAGUUUUUAUAUGCUCUUCUGACAGUAAUGUGCUAUUUCGUGACCAAUUCCGUCACGCUGACCUGCUGUGCACCCCUCAUUCUCAUGGGUGCGCGCUACUACUACAGCAGGAAAGUUAUCCACGGUUAUCUGGACUGUGCUCUGCACACGGACAUGGCUGACAUAGAGGCUUAUUACAUGAAACCCACAGGCUCCUGUUUCUGGGUGGCAGUGCUCGACGGACGUGUGGUGGGAAUCGUGGCGGCGAAAGGCCGCGAGGAUGACAACCGGGUGGAGCUGCGGCGCAUGUCGGUGGACUCUCGUUACCGCGGCAAAGGCAUCGCAAAGGCACUGGGUCGUCGUGUUCUGGAGUUCGCCGUGCGCAACAACUAUGCUGCUGUGGUCCUGGGCACAACGGCUGUCAAGUUGGCUGCUCACAAGCUGUAUGAGUCGCUGGGCUUCCGCCGAACGGGCCAGAGCGAGGACUACAGGCUCCCCGGGAUGAACCGCUCACCACUGGAGAGGCUCUUCUUCCAGAUCCGCUACAGCCGCUACCGCCUGCAGCUCCGUGAGGAGUGAGAGGUGACAGGGAGAGGGAGAGAGAGAUGGAGAGGGGGAGAUGGCGAAAGAGAGGGACAGAGAGAGAGAGAGAGAGAGAGAGAGAGAGAGAGAGAGAGAGAGAAAGAGAGAGAGAGAGAGAGAGAGAGAGAGAGAGCAACGACCCUUCUUCACCCGAGAGCCCCGACUGCCUCCUCUCCUCUGACAGCUUUUAUUUAUUUUGUGUCAUUAGAGAUAACUUCGACUACUUAACACUUCUACUAUUUCAUCUUUAAAGUCACUAACUUUUUCAUUACUUUUAUGCUUUUGUUGCUGUUGUUUUUGUAUUAUACUUUUACAUUUUAAAUAAGUUUCCUCUAUUUUAUUAAGCUAUUUUUUGUACCUUUACUCCUCCCUUUUCAUUUUGGGAGGAAAAAAAAGGCUUUUAUAGAAGACAUCUAACUGGCACCCCAACUAGGCACCCUCCCCUGCCCCUUUGGUUUUAAGAUGAUGUGACUCUGAUCAAUACUCCCAUUCAUUACUACUCCACAACACCCUCUUUACCCCUCCCCCAUUACCUCGAGCCCUCCCUUCCCUCCCACAUUCUCCUUAUUUCCCCACAGCAAAAUUCAACAGACGGGCGUAGAUGCAGGAGAGUGCAAUGAGACAUUUACAUUCUGUGUCAUUGGGGGUGGACAGAACAAUGGAUGGGUUGGGAGGGGCAGAUAUGGCUUCCUCAAGAGCAAACCACACAAAAACUGGUGGGGGAGCUCGUGGUACACACUCUCUUUUAGCUCUUCAAUGCAACAUUUUGUGUGUGCAUUGUGGACAUGCAUGCUCACACAAAACAAGUAAUUUGGCUUUUAGCCAAUCUCUCUCAAGACACCAUAUUGAAGCACAGCAAGAGUGUGUUACCGACCCCCAUAGUGAGAGAGAAGGAUGACAGGAUGGUUACCGGAAUAUGCACUGUGUAUCCUGCGUCCUAGACGGACAUGGAUAAACACAGUACAUCUUCCUCACACGCCCUCCUAUUCAUUCCUCUUACUGAUUAUUUUAUUUGGAUCUCUCCUUACUUCCUAUUGUUUUAUUAAUCAUUGCUUUUCUCACUGGAGCUGUGGAGAGGGUCUCUGAUUGGUUGAGGUGACAGGAGGAUGGAGCUUUCUCGAUAACAGAUCCCAAGCUACAAUAUAGCUGCAUGUCAGAGCUUGUGUGUGUGUAAGUGUGAUUGUUGAGAUUAUGUGACUGUGUGUGAUUUUGAUGAGGCUAUGGUCAUUACACCGUGCCACAACGGUGUAUGAUGAACAAUUUACCUAUUUUUAUUUUUGCGUGAAGAGACACGCACCUUUCUUGCUAUGAGUCCAGUAUUAUCUAAGUAAACAACUACUUUCUUUGUGUACUUAGCAUACAUAAAUUGUUUACUGAGUGAAGAAAGAUACAUUCUAACAUUUUGAAUAUGUUUAGUAUUUGAAUGAUAAUUAGUAAUUUUAUAACUUUAAACACAUAUUACCACAUUGUAAUAUGUAAAUUCUACUGUCAAAACUAAGACAAUUACAAAGUAGCUGCAGCCUUCACUCCACAUACUUAAUCCAGGUUAUUGGGGAACAACUUGGGUAAGACAUGACUACUAGCAAUACUUGCAAACCUACAGUACAUGACUGAGCACAAACAGCAAAUAAUUAUUUAAACCAACAUAUUGGCAUUAGUAUUCCCCCUUCUCCGUGUAUUUAUAUUGUGUAUACAGUUGAAAACUCAUGUAGUGAACAAAACAUCAAAGUAUUUCCCAUAACACCUCUCUCCAUCUCCAUCCUCUGACCAUACAACCAGCAGUAGAUUCAGCCAUCCACGACUCUGAGCCUAAGUUAUGUCAUCAUACCAUUUGUAAAAAGUAAAAUAUAAAUCAAAAUACAACAAAAAAAUCACAUAAGAUGAAAAAAAAAAAAAAAAAAAAAUUGAAUACAAAUGUAAUCAUCAUGAAGUUAAUGACCCUCCUUGCCUUGCUGCCCCCCCCCUCCCCCCAAAACUCUCCCUACCACCCAUUCAUGAAUCUGUCUGCAACCCUGGGCUAGACCCCACACCUUCCAUCUGAAUCCUCCACUGACUUUCCCUAUGCCAGGCCCCACCCAAUUCCCACCCAUCUCUGCAUGCGCCUCAGAGCCUUGCUGCACUGCUUUUAUUAUUCCAUUAGAAGCUUGGUGGACGAAACCUAGAUCCUGUGCCCCUACUCUGAUGUCAUCUAGGCAGUGUGACGCUCUGGGACAGGCUGGUGCCAGGUUGCAAGGGUGAUGUAUGGUUGGGCGAGUAUGGGUGUGAUUCAGAAGACACAGAAAGUGAGAGAGAAAAUGUGUGUGUGUGUGUUCAGAGUUGGUGCAGAGUCACUCACCAACUGCAGCACCGUCUGGAUGACAUCAUGCCUGCCAGCCAACCAACUGUAGAAUGCAAAAAGCAAUGCAAAGUGUGGCAUGCCUCUGUAUCCGGUGUGUGUAUGGUGCCUGCCCUGGAAAAGUUUCGAAAAUAAAUCAACUAAUUUAUAUACGGUAUAUAUAUAUAUAUAUAUAUAAAUAUAUAAAAGAAAAUAAGCUUCUUUUUAAAAAUGAAAAUAUAAAAGAAAUGUGUGUUACUUUGUUUGAAAAAAGAAAAGAAAAUUGUAUUAUUUGCAUGAAAUGUGUCUUUGAAUGCAACACUUUUAAGGGAGAAACUCCUAGCACAUGGCAUACAGUGGAACCAUAGAUGUGUCUUUUUUUUUAAUGGUUUAUUUUAUUUGAAAUGAUUAAAAUAAUUCUCUAGGAGUGAAAUUAAUACCAGCCACAAGCCAGUGCUCAUAAAUCUUCCGGAUAUAGUUGUAUCAGUUUCUUAAAGCCUUGCUAAAUUUGAAAGCGGCUAUUGAUAUUCAGAUUUAUCCGUCACUGGCUGGAGGACAAAAAAGUUAGUUUCCUUCCUUGAUCACAGUGGGAGUGAGGGCAUAUGACUGAAAUCAUCUUAGCUCUUCUUCUAUUAAACCAGCUUGUGGUAAAGGUCCCAAACACUUUGCAGAACUAAGAAUGAUGCAAGAGAUAAACAUGUUUUCCCCAUGCAGUGCACAUAUUUCAUCCACUAAGUCAUUUGCCAAGUUUAUCAUAUGCAGAUAACGGAAAUGCAGGCUGCAGGAUAGUGUAAUGGUUUUCAGUGACGGUCAAAUGUUUAGACUCUGCUCCAGCUGACACAGGCAAUAGCUGCUUCUUGUUAAAAGUGUCCUCAAACGCCACACUGACCUUCUAUCUGUGUUAGCUAAAUGCCUAAAAUAUACAAUACAUACCUGAUUGGUUUUUGCAUCUAACUUUGGAUUAAACUUUCCACAAUAUACUUUUUUAGAAUUAGGUAUGUACAUACAUACAGUCGACUUUAGCUAUUUAAAGCCGUUGAGAUGCUUAUGUAUGUCAGGUCCCCUUCCCUUCCUUUGUUUAAGCCAUGUCUAGAGGAGGUUUAGCUACUGACAAGUUCUUUGUCUUUUAAUUAGAGCCAACCGAAGUUUUCUCUAUGAAAUUCUAUAAAGUAAAAGCAAGGCACACAUGCACUGAAAACAUCAACCAGUAUUGUUUUAAAAAAACGCAUCAGAUGUUUUCAUAGAGGAACAUGUGGAGGAUGCCUCACACCACCUUGAUGCAUCUGCUUUGAACUUGGUUGUUGCUGGAGAGUCAAUAGAGGAUCAGACUGUAUUUUGUGACAUAUCUGGAGCAACAGCUACCACUGGCCUUCACACUGUAUUUACAAACUUCCUACGAAGCUAAGGAGGAAAUUAGGAUACAACAGCCAAACUAAAGUAUGAACACAAAAUAUGAUAUCGCAGUUGUGAAAUGUAAGUGCCAGUGGUGCUGAGGCUUUAGAUAGAAACAACACAGCAGACACAUUUGGAGUGUCAAAUAACUUGUUAGUUAUCGCUGCCAUUGUGUUUAGGUCCUUACUAAAUGACUCAACCCAUUCUUUAUAAGACUUGGGUGAGGUCCGAAGGUUAAGAGUGAGAGGUGGGCUUUGCUGAGGUGGAUUGUAAAAAACAAACUGUGGUCUGGAUCUUGUGGAAGAAUGUGAAGUCUGUCAAUUCUGAGCCAAUUCUGCUGCUGCCAAUCUCAGUUUUUGCCUGCUGAAAUGCAAAAUACUCCAUGUAUGUUUUUGGGAGAAACUAUUAUCCAUACUGGUACAUAUUCAGAUCAAAGGUAAUAUUCAAAAAGCCUUUGCCAAGGCCUUAUACACUGGAAUCAAACGCUGGAGUUCAAAUAUCUUGUGGACUGCAUGGCUUUAGUUAUUUAAGGGGUGACUUUGAAUUGUAAAGAUGAAGUGCACUGACUAUAAUGCAUUUAUUUCAAGUCUGAGCAAUGUCUGUUUUCUACUUAAUGUGAAUAAUAUGCCCUCUAAAGUCUCACCUCCCAUUUAAACCUGGUAACGCAUACUUAAUGUUAGAAUGUAGUAAUUAAACUGUAUGCAACUUCUACCCAAGUGUACAUUUAGUUACAAACCAUUCCUCUGAAAUGUUCUGCUGAUGUACAAUCCUACAAACAUCCUCACACGUUUUUUAUUUGGUUUUCUGUGGUUUGUUUGAGUGCGAGUGUGCUGUCCUAUUGGUUGAGGUUUGAGAUAGUAUGCUGCAUAAAGGCCUCUCCUGCUGGUGAAGGCUCUUUUAGUUUUGAGUGCUUUAGAACCCAAAAAUGAUCAUCUGAUGCUCUCAGAUGGCAGACACAGCGGCACAAGCUGAAUUUCAGCAGUUACAAAAAAUCAAAUCAAAAAAAAAAUCCUGGUCACAUUAAAUUCUGGCCGUUAAAAUAAUCAAAUGGUAAAAAUAUCAGUAUUUGUCACGAUCAAUAUUUAAUUUGGUUUAUCUACUGGUGAAGGAGCAUAGAAUUCAAAACUGCACAAAUGUACAGAUCCUGUGGGUGUGUUGUGUUGAUGGUGUGUGUCCAUGCUUGACAGCCUUGGGGCCGAACACUCACAGGCAUGAAUGUAAACUGCUAACAUUUAAGGUCUUAGAAUUUUUUUUUGUUUUAAAUCUUUCCUGGUUGCUUUUUUACUUUAUGAAUGAGAAGGAUACGAGAAAAAAAAGUUGAAAAGCAGCUAUUGUUUAUUUUAUUAAGUGACUAAACCACUACAUUAGAUUUUAGACAUUUAGUGUGAUUGUAAAUAGCCGUAUUUCUGCUUGUUGUUAAUGUAUUAUUUACUGCAACCUGUCAUCUUUGCCGGUUUUAACCAAUCCUGAUGGAGUUAAUUUUUGUCUCAGAAGAUGGCUGUCACAUGGAAUGUUCCACCUACUGAGGAGGGCGAGGGGUGAGGGAGGAAUGUGCCACAUUGGCAGUUAAAUAGGGGUAUGUGGUGGGACUGCGGAGGAGGUCUGCAGCAACAGAGCUCCAUAGCAUGGACUCCCUCUCUCUCUCUCUACCUCUGGUGAGGAUUUUUGCUCCACUGUGGCGAUUACAGAAGGACUUACUCUAGACUGAGGCCACGGGUGCCAAGAACACAUAAGCACUUGUAGCACAACUGUGUCUUGUUUUGCUAUUAAAGUACAGAUAGUUUUGAUUUUUUACAUUUCCUAUGAAGAAUAUGGAUAAAGUUUCUCUUUCUCCUGUAUCGACUGUAUGUAUCAUAAGCAUAUAUACAAGACAUGAUACCAUAAUGUAUAAUUUGCAUUACGACCCAUGGCUAAUUUUUGAGGUGGAAAUUUGCCAAAGGUGACAGUAAUUUCUGCAUUUUGUUCCUUAUGCGGCUAUAUAUUGUUCAACACAAUCCUGUACUUACUUGGUAUUAUUUGGAGAGAAAAAUACCUGCCCACGUGCCAUCUAACCAAGCAAUAAAUACAAACAGAAAACCACAAAAUAAUGCUUAAUAUGCAUAUUAUCAACAAUGAUUUUAUUAAAAACAUGAAAUGCUGCAUUGAUGUGAUAUCCCUUACACUGUACCAAUUAGUGGCAGUGAUGCCAUCACAUUAUUGGCAUUGCAACAUUACCACUCAUUACAUCGAAGCCUGAAGGGGUGUUUGAUUGUAAAAUGUUUCUGUUUUUUGUAUUUUUUCUUCACAAAGAGGUGUCAAAGAUGUGUUUUUUAAAACUCAAAGUUGAAGUACACAGGUGUACCGCUGCAAAUUUGUACAGAUGUCAAUAGGAAAUGACAAGAGGGGGAUAAUGGAUGCUAAAGAAUGAGCAGUUCAAGCAGACAGGAAAAAGAUGGUGCAGCCCCAUUCUGAAAGUGCAAUAUGCUGUAAGUCUCUUAGCUGAGCUUUUAUUUAACCAUGAAGACUUUUGACUUAACUUGUACCACUGAGACAUGCACUACCACUGAGACAUGCACUGCAACUUCACUACCACAACUCUGUCAGUACAAAUUGAAAAAGAAUCAAUUAAAAAUCAACUGCAACAAUCACAAAUCAUAAACAUGUUUCUCACAAGUGAGUUUCAAAGUCUUUUUUUUAUCUGCAAAUUAGCUACUGUAAAGUUGUAAAGUAUAUUUUACUGUAAAUAGCAUCUGGGGGGUCAUUUUUACUCCUUUUGUAAAAGAAACAGUGGAUUAAAAAUAUUUAAAAUAUAUAUUUUAAAGAUAUUUACAGCACUAAUAAAGAGAUUAUACAGUAGUGCAGGUGUCUUCAUCUGUAUUACCUCAAAACAAUCUGACACUGACUGACACUUUCAGGGGCUACAGAGCGAGCCAUCUUAGCCUUGGUGUCUCUAUCCCAGGCUGAUGGGUUCAGACACAGCCUUCCUUGUCCUGCCUGUCUGCUUGAACUCUCAAAACACCAGAGAGAGCCAAGAACACUGCAACAGCAGCAGCUCUGUUAGCUUAUAGCACACACCAGCCAUGGCCAUGAAUAUCAGUGGCUCUGGACUGAGCUAUCUAGCUAUAGCAGACUGCUGCAAUGCAAGGGGCUCUCUCUGCCCUGGAGCCCUGUCAUGGCUGUUGUCUGUUGCCAGGAAACCGACCCACACAAAGCACAGCAGGGGAUUGAUAUGCAGCCACACUGUGGGGAGGCAGUCAGGUCAACAAUCUAUCUAUCUAAAGCAAUCUAUGAUGGAGAAAUUGAAGGAGGGAUUGAUACAUAACUGGGUGAGAUAGAUGGACUUGGGGGGGAAGGGUGUUAAAUGGUCUCUGAGGGAACUUUGAAAACCUGGGGUUAGGACAGGGGUGCUUUGGCUACGGUGAGGAAUUUGAGAGAAGAGGCCACAUGUAAACUAGAGCAGUGAGAAAAUAGUGCCAGGGGCCCAUAGGGUUAGAGAGGUUACAGGAAGAGAAAGAGAGGAAAAGCAGGGUCAAAAUGACAGACAGGUAUUGUGUGGGACAAGAUUCUACAGUACAGUAAUAAGGUUAAGUAUGAUGUGAUGAUUUAGCAGAUUUAGUGAUUCCCAGGGAGACAGUGCUUAAGAUGAUGAGGCAUGUUCGUAGGUUCAACCAGUCUGCCCGACCUCAGUGAGACUGCAGUGACAACCUGGUCUUUAUUGGGGUCUAUUAGCUUUCAGUUCCCUUUCUGCCAUUCCUUUGAAAGACUGCUGUAUUACCACACCAGGAUUACUAUUAUUAUUGUGAUUAUUAACCUUUUCUUUUAUACUGACAAACACUUGGAACACUGUAUAGAUGUAAAGAUGGGAUUCCUGCAUUAUGACGAUUGAAACAUGGAUGUACAUAUAUUGUAUCAAUUAAAAAUGAUGAUGCAUUAAGCUUU